CUUAUAACACCGGCAGCGCGCACGCAAGACUGCAGGAAUGGACGCUCUUUAAAUUCACGAGGAAAAGGAGAAUUGGCUUAAACGAAAGGUUUCCUGCGUGACCAUGGCAGUAUAGAUCUGUGCCUUCCAUCAUGACCAUUGGCACUCAGCUGUACCUGCUGCUGUGGAAAAACUUCACGUAUCGCAGGAGAAACAAGGUCCAACUGGUCAUUGAACUCCUCUGGCCGCUCUUUCUCUUCCUCAUCCUCAUUGCGGUCCGUCAAUCACACCCGGUGUAUAAACAGAGCCAGUGUCACUUUCCAAACAAGGCACUUCCGUCGGCCGGCACGCUGGCAUGGCUUCAGGGCAUCGUCUGCAAUAUCAACAACCCUUGCUUUCAUCACCCCACGCCUGGAGAGACGCCCGGCCGAGUGAGCAACUUCGACAACUCCAUACUCUCACGACUUUUAGUCGAUCUCAGGACCGUCCUCCGCAUCAGUGGAAACCGGACGGCUUUCUCUGGCCUACAAGACUUGUCGCUGGCAGUCCAGAGACUCGGGGAGAGACCAGAUGCCUGGCCAAAUCUUCCAGUUGGUGAAUAUCUCAGAGCCAAUGAAAGCUUCACAUCCUUCCUGAGUUCAAACACCAGCAUCCCCUCAGAAUACAUUGAUCAGCUCCUGAGGGCACUACUCAACCUUCAAGUGGUGGCAUUAGCAGGUGGAGGGUUGCGUCUGUCUGACCUCGUCUGUAACGCAUCUCUCUUGAGUCAUUACCUCACCGUUAAAGAUGGAGAUUCUUUCCCUGAGCUGCAGGGGGUGCUGUGUGCUGUGCCAUCAGAUAUAAUGCAGAGAGUGGAGCAGAUCUUUCUCUCCGAACUGGACUUUAGUAAGAUCCUCACGAGAGAACGAUUGAGAGCAAAUGCGGCAGAUCUGCCAGUCCUCAGCAGGGCCGUGUCCUCCGUGUCUCAGGAACUGGCCUCAGUUAUGGAUGACAUCUCCUCUCUGUCCAGUUUCUCACAGCUAAACUCUGAACUAAGGCUUUUAACACCCACAAACCGUUCCACUCUGCCACGCGAGAGCUUUCGUGCCUUCUCCAGGAUCAUGUGUGGACACCCGGAGGUGGGUGGAGAGAGAAUCCCCUCAUUCAACUGGUAUGAAGACCAGGACAUUAAAUCAUUCCUGGGGAGAAAUGGGUCCGAGGAAAAAAACCUAGAAAAUGACAACAGCACCACUCCAUUUUGUGAAAACUUGAUCCGAAGCCUUGAGUCGAACCCUCUCUCACGGAUCGUGUGGCGUGGCAUCAAACCGCUGUUUAUCGGGAAGCUGCUAUACACACCGGACACACCGCUCACCCGUGCUGUCAUGGCAGAGGUGAACAAGACGUUUCAGGACUUCCAGAUUAUGAGUGAGGUGAUGGAGGCGUGGCAGGAAGUAGGUCCCAGAAUCAAAACCUACAUGGAGAGCAGCGUGGAAAUUCGACUUUUACAGGAUCUACUCAGGAGACCUGAGGUGGCAGUGCUCGUGAACCUGCGCUUGGAGAGCACCUCCUGGACGGCCUCUCGUAUCGCCCACUUUCUCUCCACACCUGACCCGGACACGCCCCGUAAGGAUGGAGCUCCGCCCACCUGGCUGGAUCUUUAUCAAGAUUUAAACGACACCAUCAGCACUCUAUCAGAGCUUACUAAGUGCUUUUCUUUAAAUAAACUGGAGGGCGUGGCCACUGAGGGUCAGCUGGUCGAGCGAGCUUUGGAGCUGCUUGAAGAUCGUCAGUUUUGGGCUGGAAUCGUCUUCCUUCUUCCUAACACUUCAUCAUCCUCACUGCCUCCUCAUGUGAAGUAUAAGAUCCGGAUGGACAUAGAUGACGUAACCCGCACAAACAAGAUCAAAGACAAGUUUUGGGAUCCAGGCCCGGCUGCUGAGCCCUUUAGUGACCUUCGCUACGUUUGGGGCGGUUUUAUUUACGUGCAGGAUUUGGUAGAGAGAGCCAUCACCCGUUUGCACACAGAUAAAGAGCCAAACACAGGCAUAUAUGUGCAGCAGAUGCCUUACCCCUGCUUUGUGGAUGAUGCGUUCAUACGUGUCCUGAAUCGUUCUUUACCUCUCUUUAUGACACUGGCGUGGAUCUAUUCUGUGGCGAUGAUCAUAAAAGGUGUAGUGUAUGAGAAAGAGGCUCGUCUAAAGGAAACCAUGCGUAUAAUGGGAUUGAGCUCUGGAAUGCUGUGGCUCAGCUGGUUCAUCAGCAGUUUUCUGCCCUUCCUCUUCAGUGCUGGACUCCUUAUCGCCGCCCUAAAGGUGGGAGAUAUUUUACCAUACAGCGACCCCGCCGUCAUCUUCUUCUUCCUCACUGCUUUCGCCACAGCCACCAUCAUGCUUUGUUUCCUCAUCAGCACGUUCUUCUCACGUUGCAACCUGGCGGCCGCAUGCGGAGGGCUGGUGUACUUCACCCUGUACCUGCCGUAUGUGCUGUGUGUGGCCUGGAGGGAAUAUCUAAGCAGUACACACAGGAUUUUAGCGAGCUUCCUGUCUCCUGUGGCCUUUGGCUUUGGCUGUGAGUAUUUCUCUCAGUAUGAGGAACAGGGGGUUGGGAUCCAGUGGUUUAAUCUAAGAUCCAGUCCCAUGGAGGGAGACGAUUACAACUUCACCACCUCCAUUGUGAUGCUGUAUGUAGACGCUGUCAUCUAUGCAUUGGCCACCUGGUAUAUAGAAGCUGUUUUUCCAGGGCAAUAUGGGAUCCCCAGACCCUGGUAUUUUAUCUUUCAGUUGAAUUACUGGGGAGGGGUGCCACUGGAGGUGGGGUUACCUAUUCCCCCAGCACCUAGAGAGGAAACAGACGAUCGGAUUGAGGCCGAGCCAACAAACCUCAUUCUGGGAGUUGCCAUAAGAAACUUAGUAAAGAUUUACAAAACAGGGGCCAAGCUUGCAGUCAAUCACCUUAACAUAAAGUUCUAUGAGGGCCAAAUAACUUCCUUUUUGGGUCACAAUGGUGCUGGCAAGACAACAACCAUGUCAAUUCUAACAGGCCUGUUUCCUCCCACCGCUGGUACGAUAUAUGUAAAGGGAAUGGACAUCCGUACUGAUAUGGACAUCAUCCGCAAAACUCUGGGAGUUUGUCCACAACACAACGUCCUCUUCGACAUUCUGACGGUGGAGGAGCACGUGUGGUUCUACGGCCGGAUAAAGGGCAUGAACAAGGAGCAGGUAAAGGCAGAGAUAAACACACUUCUGGAGGAUGUGGGCUUGCAGCACAAACGCCACGAGCAGACCAAAAACCUUUCAGGUGGCAUGCAAAGGAAACUAUCCGUGGCCAUCGCAUUCAUAGGCGGGUCAAAGGUGGUGGUCUUGGAUGAGCCCACAGCCGGAGUGGACCCCUACUCCCGACGUGGGAUUUGGGACCUUCUGCUCAAAUAUCGCGAAGGCCGAACCAUCGUUCUGUCCACGCAUUAUAUGGAUGAGGCUGAUCUGCUGGGUGACCGCAUCGCCAUCAUUUCCCAGGGAAAGCUUUGCUGCUGCGGCACGCCUCUCUUUCUCAAGGCGCGUCUGGGGACGGGGUAUUACCUCACACUGGUAAAGAGAGACAUGCACAGGACGCCCAGCAGCACCAGCACAGGCAAACUGCUCUCCACUGUAGUGACCAAGGACAGCGAUUCGUCUGUGAGUGAUGACACUGGAUUGGGCAGUGAGGAUAACGGAUUCGACGUGUCUGCCCUGCUGACCUUUGCACAGCAGUACAUCCCUGAUGCCCGGCUGGUGGAGGACAUCGGCAGAGAAGCGGUGAUCAACCUACCUCACGCUGCCUCUGAGGACGGCAGUCUAGCCAUCUUUUUACACGAGCUGGACAAGCGGCAGGGCGAGUUCAGCGUGGUCAGUUACGGGCUGUCCGACGCCACGUUAGAAGAGAUCUUUCUGCGGGUGGCAGAGGAGACCGGUGUGGAUGCAGACCCUGAGGACCCCGUUGCAUCUCCAGGCCAUCAGAGGGCACCGUCUGAGAACAAAGAUAUAGGACGGAAACAGCCAAUCAGGAAAGAGGCGCAGGAGACUGAACCGCUGAGUGGAGUGGGUCAGGGGGGCGGAGCUCCUCUCAUGGGCUGGUUCCUUAUGUGGCAGCAGCUUCGAGCGCUUUUCACCAAGAGACUGAAGUACGCGCUUCGCAGUCGUAGAGGCAUCUUUGCACAGAUUGUCCUGCCUGCAGUUUUUGUUCUCAUUGCUCUUCUAUUCAGUCUCAUUGUCCCGCCAUUUGGGAAGUAUCCACCUCUGGAGCUUCAGCCGUGGAUGUAUGGAGAACAGUUCACUUUUCUCAGCAAUGAUGCCCCACACGACCCCGACAUACAGAACCUUCUGGAUGCCCUUCUGGAACCUCCUGGGUUCGGGACCAAAUGUAUGAACUCGAGCAGUGACCAAGAAUGUUCAGAGGACGUCAACUCCAAGUUUCUCCGGCCUCAGAUUCCCUACAGCAUGUGGCAGCUCUUUAAUAAAGGCAAUUGGAGCGUUGAGCGCCCGUCCCCUGACUGUGAGUGCAGUACUGAGAAUAUACGCAGGAUGCUGCCCGAGUGCCCAGAAGGAGCUGGAGGCCUCCCACCUCCCCAGAUGAAACGAUUGACUGGUGAUAUCCUGCAAAACUUGACAGGACGCAAUAUUUCUGACUACCUCAUCAAAACAUAUCCCCAGAUUCUGAAGAAAAGCAUGAAGACAAAGAAGUGGGUGAAUGAAUUUAGAUAUGGAGGUUUUUCUCUGGGGGCCAAAAGCUCUCAGGCUGUGGAUGAACCCCAGUAUAUUGAAGAGUCUGUGUUAGCCAUCAGAAGACGCUACAGUAUUCCAGAGAAUAGCUCUUUCGAUCAGCUCCUUCACAGACUUCCAGAUGUCCUUAAAGGCUUCACCAGCCAAAACAAUGUGAAGGUCUGGUUUAACAAUAAGGGAUGGCAUGCCAUGGCGUCAUUCGUGAACAUCAUGAACAACGGACUCCUACGUGCCAACCUACCAGCCGGCCUGGAAAGAAGCAAAUACGGAAUGACAGCCUUCAAUCAUCCACUCAACCUCACUAAAGAGCAGCUGUCAGAGAUGGCCUUGAUGACCACCUCAGUAGACGUCCUGGUUUCCAUAUGCGUUAUAUUCGCCAUGUCAUUCAUUCCCGCCAGUUUCGUGUUGUUUCUCAUCGAGGAACGUGUCAGUAAAUCUAAACACCUGCAGUUUGUCAGUGGAGUGAAGCCCAUCCUGUACUGGACCACCAACUACAUAUGGGACAUGUUGAACUACACAGUUCCUGCCGCCAUGGUUGUUCUGAUCUUCAUCAGCUUCCAGCAGGAAUCAUAUGUGUCUGAGAAGAAUCUUCCUGCACUGGUGCUUCUCCUGCUGUUGUAUGGUUGGUCCAUCACUCCACUGAUGUAUCCGGCGUCCUUCAUCUUCUCAGUUCCUAGCACUGCUUACGUGGUCCUCACCUCCAUCAACCUGUUCAUCGGCAUCAACGGCAGCAUCGCCACAUUCGUCCUCGAGCUCUUUAUUGAUGAGCAUCUUAAUGAGGUCAACAAAAUCCUGAAGAAGGUCUUCCUGAUCUUCCCUCACUUCUGUCUGGGUCGAGGUCUCAUUGACAUGGCCAAGAACCAGGCUAUGGCAGAUGCAUUUCAGCGGCUGGGAACCAAACAGAACCUGGAGCCUUUAUCCUGGGAUUUCGUGGGGAAGAACUUGUUUGCAAUGGCGAUGGAGGGCAUUGUGUUUUUCAUCUUCACUGUUCUGCUGCAGUAUAAAUUCUUCAUUAAUUUGAGCCCGUGCUCAGGGUUUGAGCUGCCUCCUAUUGGCGCGGAGGAUGAAGAUGUGGCUAGAGAAAGAGAGCGAGUGAAGAACGGUAGAGCUCAGGGAGACAUUCUCACCCUCACAGACCUGAGUAAGGUGUAUAUGGCAGGCAGGAAGCCAGCAGUGAAUCGACUUUGCUUGGGAAUUCCUCGAGGAGAGUGUUUUGGACUUCUCGGUGUUAACGGGGCUGGAAAAACCUCAACCUUCCGUAUGCUGACUGGAGACACCAGCAUCACUUAUGGAGAAGCGUUUCUUAGCAACCACAGUGUUCUUACAGAAAUGGAGAAGGUUCAUCAGCUGAUGGGCUACUGUCCUCAGUUUGAUGCCAUCAGUGACCUGCUGACGGGCCGAGAGCACCUGGAGUUUUAUGCUCGCCUCAGAGGAGUGCCAGAAGCUCAUGUCGCAAAGGUGGCGCAGUGGGGCAUACAGAAGCUAGGUCUGAGUCAGUAUGCAGAUAGAGAGGCUGGCGGAUACAGCGGAGGAAAUAAGCGCAAACUCUCAACCGCCAUUUCCCUCAUUGGAGCUGCACCUGUCAUUUUCCUGGACGAACCCACGACAGGUAUGGACCCGAAAGCCAAACGCUUCCUUUGGAACUGUAUCCUCAGUGUUAUCAAGGAGGGACGAGCUGUUGUUCUCACUUCCCACAGUAUGGAGGAAUGUGAGGCUCUGUGUACCCGAAUGGCCAUCAUGGUGAACGGCAGAUUCCAGUGUCUGGGCUCAGUUCAGCACCUGAAGAACAGGUUUGGAGACGGUUACACUAUUAUCCUCCGCUUGUCCGCUCCGGCUAAAGAACCUUGUCCAGUGGACGCCUACAUCAAGAACUCUUUCCCUGGGAUACAGCUGAAGGAGAGUCAUCAGAAUGUUCUUCAGUAUCAGCUACUGUCACAGUCCUGUUCACUGGCUCGUGUCUUUGAGGUUCUGUCAAAUACCUAUGGGGAGUUGGGAAUAGCUGAAUACUCCGUGUCACAGACUACACUGGAUCAGGUGUUUGUUAACUUUGCUAAAGAGCAGACGGAUGACGAUCAGCUCAGGGAGGUCACGGUAAACGGCGGAUGUGCGGCAGCUCAACCCAGCAGACCUCAGCGACCCACUCAUCUCAGAUUAGAGAAACCCAACAGGCCGCUCUCACCCACAUCGUCCUCCACAGAUCAGGCUGCUCACUUGAGACUAACACCCGAGACUCGGCCGGCCGGCUCAAAGACCAGAAAAAACAGAUCAAACAGUCCAUCUGUCUCCAGAAAGCAGAAGCAGCAGAUUCAGAUGGAACCUGUUGGCGAGGCCGCGAACGGAUCAAAGCCCGCUGGACAACAGACGUCUAAAGACCCAUCAGCAUUGUUUGUCGUCAAAAGCAAAACAAAGGACAGCAAAAUGUGAAGACAGAUCUGAGAUCUGAGCUGCAUUGUGGUUAUUCCAUGUUUGGUGCCUUUUCUCUCUCAGUUAUCUGAACCAAAUGUUACUUUAAAAGCAAUCAUUCAAAUCAUUCAGUUAUUGGUUAACAGAUAUGAGAGUUUUAUUGGCCGAUUGUACAAAAAGCUUUAUGCGAAUUAUGAAUUAUUUAAACUUAUACGAUGUGUUUGCUAAAAGAAAUUAUAAUGACAAGAAUGUAUGACAUUAUGUCACGCGUAUACACUGGUAUACUAUACUGGGUUAUUGGAAUUAGUUAAAAAUGGCCAAAUAUUUGCCAUUAUAUCAGUCUAUAGCUGUAAUCAAAAUGAUCAUUCAGGCAUUCAAUUCUGCUUUUUUAUUAAUUAUAUAUUUUCUAUUCUGAAACUUGAAGUUGGCUAAACAAAUGUCAUAUUUCUGAAUAAGCACUUAUUGUCAUGAUGUGCAUUUUUAUUUAGUAUUUAGUCUGGGCAAAUCAUUUGGACAUAGUUUUUGCUGGACAUGUUACAUGACGUUCAGUAAAAGCUAUAUUUCUAUAUGUACCGUAAGGUCAAAUGCAUGGUGUGGAGCAGGCAUCACACUCACAAACUGCCUUCAUGUGGUCAACAUUUGUGUUUAUUUAUUUGUUUUUGUACUAGUCUUCUUUUGGUUGCACUUUAGUUUAAAGUUCUCAAAGCACUUCAAUGAUUGUUACAAUACUUCAAACUAGCCUACUUUGAAGGUAGUAUUUAUUAAAGAUAAUAUUAGUAAACUGAAGUUUUGCAGCCUUCCUUAUGUGCAUGGUUGGAUGUUCAUAUGUUGAGAAAUGUUUAAAAUAUAUGUAUUAAUAAAUACACUGUGCAAGA